GUCGACACUUUCCCCUUUUCCCCCUCUCCCUUUUAUUUAUUGUCCUUUUUCUCUCUUAUUUAUUUCUUUUGAUUGAUUGUUUUGUCCAAUUCAGAUCUUCUACUUUUGCCCAUAUUUCUGAUUUGAGGAUCAAUAGUUAGUUGAGAAAUGUCUUCUCCAAGCAAAAGAAGAGAUAUGGAUGUUAUGAAAUUGAUGAUGAGUGAUUACACAGUGGAGACAAUAAAUGAUGGAAUUACGGAGUUCAAUGUGGAAUUUCACGGCCCAAAAGAAAGUCUUUAUGAAGGCGGAGUCUGGAAAAUAAGGGUCGAGUUACCAGAUGCUUAUCCUUACAAGUCUCCUUCCAUUGGGUUUCUCAACAAAAUAUUUCACCCCAAUGUUGAUGAGCUGUCUGGCUCUGUAUGUUUGGAUGUCAUCAAUCAGUCAUGGAGCCCUAUGUUUGAUCUCUUAAAUGUAUUUGAGGUGUUCCUGCCCCAGCUUUUGCUAUAUCCAAAUCCUUCGGAUCCAUUGAAUGGUGAUGCAGCAUCUCUGAUGAUGAAAGACAAGAAUCAGUAUGAGCAAAAAGUGAAAGAGUAUUGUGAGCGAUAUGCAAAGAAGGAGAACAUCGUUGGCUCACCGAAAGAUGAGAGUGAUGAAGAGAUUAGUGAAGAGGAUUUCAGUGGACAGAGCGAUAGUGAUGACGAAGUUGUUGGACAUGCUGAUCCCUGAGUGAAUAGACUAGAUCCUAAACGGAGAUCAUGUUUAGUUCACUUUUCUCCUUGCAUGUAAUAUUCGAUUCAUCGUCGCAUGUAAAUCAAGGUGUGCCAUAGGUAAUUUAGUGACAAUAUAUAUAACAUGCAGAUAUGUGAUGUUUUUCAAUCUGCUUAGAAACUUUCAGCCCCAUGGCUAAUGUAAUCAAUGUAUGCAUCAAUUCAGGUUCCAGUUUUAAAUCAAUUGUACACCAAUUGCUGCCA